UGUACCCAGUACAUGUAUAAACAAACAAACAAAUAAAAAUAAAUAAAAAUGUCCCAAGUCUAGUGCCUCUUUUAAAAAAAAAAAUAAAUAAAUAAAUAAAAUAAAAUUUGUACAUUUUGUUUUUAAAUAUAAACCUUUUGUUGAGCAUGACCAAAACACAGAUGAUAUAAAUUACAAGUGUACAGCUGAAUAGAUCUGAGGAGGCAAAUCUGAACAGCUACACAGCUAACGUUAUCCACAAGAUAAAGCUUUAGCUAUCCUAGUUUUUAUAUAUGUGUAUUUGGCAUCAUGCAGCUUGGACAAAAGUUCUAGCCCUAACACUUAACAGUUUCUACCUCUCUUAAGUUGAGCAGGUUAUUGAUAUUCUCCAGGCUUGAGAGUUUCCUCAUGUACAAAGUGGGGAUGAUGAUAAUACCACUUCAAAAGAAAUUUGAAGAUUAAGCCAGACAAUUUAGAUAAAGCAUUUGUGUCCCUGCAACACACAAAGGACUCAGUAAAGAAUAGCUGCCAUUUCUCUUAUUUUUAAAUAAAAUAAUUCAGUUCAUAAGAAAAAAAAAAAGAAAAAAGCAAUUGUUCCUUUUUAUUUUGACAUUUUUAAAGACUAAAAAAAGUGUGUAAAAUUUGGUCUUGUAUUGUCAAAACUGGUUUAUAAACAAAUAGAUCAUGAAAAUGAAGAAUAUCUUUAACAUAACCCAGUAAUCGUUUCCUAGGGAACUUGAGGAGUUAAUUAUUUUGCUGUUUAUUGUUGAAUGAUUGUAAAAUGCUAAAGUUGGUCCUUACCCUUAAAUAAGUAGCAGUCUGUUAGAAAGAGAAACUAGGGACAGGAAACAAUUAAGUAUAAACUAUGUGGCCUGGAACUAAGAGCUUUUUAAGAGGAGAGGAUAGAGCAGCUCAUAUUAGGGGAAACUUCGUGAGAUAAACAUAAUAAAUUUUCCUCACAUUCUGGGACUACAGCAGACAAAUCAAAGCAAGCCCUUUCCUAGGAUACCUGUUUGGCAGCUCCUGGUAAGUUUCCGGAGACUGAUGGAUGGGAAGUAAAUGAGACCAGACCUCAGUUCCUCCUCUUUGGGGCCUCAAGGAACAAUUAUCCCUGAGAGCAGUUGUCUGUAGCAUCAUGAGUGCUUGCACACCACGGGUGGAAACAAUGCACAUCUUGGGAUGUGAGUAGGAAAAUACUGACCCUAGGGUAGAUUGCGGACAAACUAAACUCUAGAGAAGAAUGCCCCUUUUGUUUAGUCACUGCAAGCAAGUCAUUUUUAUAACGUUGCUUAUGAAUCAGGACGUUCGAAUACAUUAAGCUAUUGUAACUGCUAAAACUGAAUCGGUGAUGAUGUAGUUUUGCGUUGUAGGUCCUAGGUUUUUAGUUUUUGAUAGUCACUAUCUUAAUGCUACAUUUGCUUCUCUUACAUCCCUCCUCAGUGCAUUAUCUGUACAUUCAGAAUGCCACACAAACUUAAAAUUUAUGCAUGUCUAUUUUUGUUAAUAUCCGUGUGCUAUUACAGAUCCCCCUCUCAUUUUCAUCUCCUUUGAUGAUGGUCUCGUUCUGCUGAGUUCCUAAGUUGAGAACCUUUGCACAUUCCCCCCUUUUUUUUUUUCAUUCUCUGUAUCCAGUCAGUUGCCAAGUUCUUUGAAGUAUCUCUGAUUUUUCCUUGCUCCUUACCCCAUUUCUAUUCCUUUCUAGGCUCUCAUGAUCUCAGACCUUUAAUGCCUCUGCAGUUGAGCUGCUCUUCCUAACAGCUAUUCUUCCUUCUUACCGCUGUCAAGCAGAUCCUCUAGGUUCAACAAAUGCAAAAUGACCACCUGCCAUAUGUUUUGUAGAAUAUUAAGGGAUGGGGAAUACACAUCAGUUUGAAUGGCCAAGGGUUUGGCCAGUAAUGUUGCUUCAGUAAGUGGAAUUGGAAGCAAAAGCAAAGAAUGGAGACAUUUCCCUCUAAUGCCACAAAGCUUAAGUUUGAAUGGGAAGAAACUGUUUCAUGAAGUAUUUUGAGUGUUGUGAUAGAUUUACUAUGAUAUGGGUCCAGUAGAGACAACUGUUCUAGUUUAAAGAGUAGAGAAGGAUCUCUCAGGAAAAUCAAGGAGUCAGAAUGGGCUCAGAACUAGUAUUCUAAAGAAAUCAAUGUGUCAAGCCUUGGAGCCAGUAGGCACUGUCAUUUGCCAAGCACUGAGAAGUGUGAGUAAGACCUCCAUUCUGACUUCCGGGCUGGUGUUCUGUGAGCCUCUCUGUAAGUCAGUGUUAUAGAAGAUAGGAUUAUAAAGAUUGGCCUUUGGGAUCCAGGUGUGGCCGAGAGCAACUGGCUGUCUCAUUCUCAGCUAUGGAGUUAAUGAGUCCACAAAGUUCAAGGUGAAUCUGUUGGUGCACUGAAUGUUACACCUUCUAAUCUCACAGAAGACUGCUAUAUUGACAGGGUGCCAACUGAAUAUUUUCACAAUCACUGGCUGAACUGGAGUUACUACAUUGGCAUGGCUAAUUUAUCCUUCCCUUUCGAGAGGCACAUGGGGAGCCAAGUCUUGAAAGUCAUUUGACAGCAUGAAAUCAGAACAUGGGGAUUUUCUUCUCCAAAGGAAUUGAUAGAUAAAGGGGAAAAUAUACAGACAUUUUUGGCAAAGACUUCUCAGUGGGUCUGCCAAAAUGUCUGAAAGAUCAGAUUUCCUUCACUUCAAGUUUGAAAAUUAUGGAGAUUCAAUGUUACAAAAAAUGAACAAAUUAAGAGAAGAGAAUAAAUUUUGUGAUGUUACAGUUCUCAUAGAUGAUAUUGAGGUCCAGGGGCAUAAAAUUGUGUUUGCUGCAGGUUCCCCCUUCUUAAGAGACCAGUUUUUACUGAAUGAUUCCAGAGAGGUGAAAAUCUCCAUAUUGCAGAGUUCCGAAGUGGGCAGACAAUUGCUCUUAUCCUGUUAUAGUGGUGUGCUGGAAUUCCCUGAGAUGGAACUGGUAAAUUACUUGACUGCUGCGAGUUUUCUUCAGAUGAGCCACAUUGUAGAACGGUGCACGCAGGCCUUGUGGAAGUUUAUAAAGCCAAAACAACCAAUGGAUAGUAAAGAGGGAUGUGAACCACAGAGUGCUUCUCCCCAGUCAAAAGAACAGCAGGGAGAUGCCAGAGGCUCCCCAAAGCAGGACUCACCUUGUAUUCAUCCAUCUGAAGACAGUAUGGAUAUGGAGGACAGUGAUAUUCAGAUUGUUAAGGUAGAGUCUAUUGGGGAUGUAUCAGAGGUUAGAAGUAAAAAAGAUCAGAACCAGUUUAUUUCUUCUGAACCCACUGCUUUACAUUCAUCUGAGCCCCAGCACUCCCUGAUAAAUUCAACUGUGGAAAACAGAGUAAGUGAAAUAGAACAAAACCAUCUCCACAAUUAUGCCCUCUCUUACACAGGCAGUGAUAACCUCAUCAUGGCCUCUAAAGAUGUCUUUGGGCCUAAUAUUCGAGGUGUAGACAAAGGCCUACAAUGGCAUCACCAGUGCCCAAAGUGUACCAGGGUGUUUCGUCACCUGGAGAACUACGCCAACCAUUUAAAAAUGCACAAACUCUUUAUGUGUCUACUCUGCGGCAAGACUUUUACUCAGAAAGGCAACCUUCAUCGACACAUGCGUGUGCAUGCCGGCAUUAAACCUUUCCAGUGUAAGAUCUGUGGGAAAACCUUUUCUCAGAAGUGUUCCUUACAGGAUCAUCUUAACCUUCACAGUGGAGAUAAGCCCCAUAAGUGUAACUAUUGUGACAUGGUUUUUGCACAUAAGCCAGUUUUGAGGAAACACCUUAAACAGCUGCAUGGCAAAAACAGCUUUGAUAAUGCCAAUGAAAGAAAUGUGCAAGACCUCACAGUGGAUUUUGAUUCUUUUGCAUGUACAACAGUCACAGACUCUAAAGGGUGUCAGCCACAGCCUGAUGCAACACAGGUCCUGGAUGCAGGUAAACUGGCCCAAGCUGUCCUGAACUUAAGGAACGAUAGUACUUGUGUGAAUUGAGUAGGAGCUUUAUGCUCACAACUAGAACUGACUGAAAACGUGGCAAUAGUCUGAGUCUUUGUAGGAGUGAUUUUGCUAGUUUGACUACUCCAAAGCCUCUGUGCAGGUUGUAGGGGUGAGUCAAAGCACGAACAGACCGGUCGGCUUACCUGGUCUGGCCUUCUUUUGCCCUCUCCUGUUCUCUGUUUUGAGUUAUUUAUCUGUUGACGUCUAUUUUCCUUUCCCAAGGAGUAUUCCAUUUGUCUACCUGACAUUGACUUAUGUGUGGGAUUGACACUAUUUUAGGCUUUUCACUGGGCACAUUCUGAAGGUACCAACACGUUAAUAACUUUACCUUUUCUCUACUUGGAUGCUUUUAGCUCUGCUAAAAGAAGUGAAUAAUAUUUUUCUUUGGCAGAAAAUAGGCUGAUAUGUAAGAUGGUAUUGCUGUUGGCCUGAAUAUGUGAUAGAACUUCUGGUUGCCAAUUGAUAAUUCAUGUUUGAUUAAUGAAUGAAUCUACUUCC